GCGGGCGGGGCCGCUCCGGUUCCUCGGUUCCUGCGCUCCUCUGCUCCCGCCGGCUGCUGCCGCCCGGUGCCUGCGCUCCGCUUCCCCAGGAUGCACCAGCAGGACAAGAUCUGGCAGGACUGACCCACAGCAGCGCGGUACACAGAGGAGUGGAGAGUGCUGAGCCUGGGCUGAGCACAUCAUGGGGGCAAACACCUCCAGCAAGUCACCACCCUUUGAUGGGAAUGAGGAUGUUACCUUCGACCAUUUUGAGAUUUUGCGAGCUAUUGGGAAGGGCAGCUUUGGAAAAGUCUGUGUGGUGCAAAAGACUGACACCAAGAAGAUGUACGCCAUGAAAUACAUGAACAAACAGAAGUGUGUGGAGCGUAACGAAGUGAGAAAUGUUUUCAAGGAGCUGCAGAUUAUGCAGGGCCUGGAGCACCCAUUCUUGGUUAAUCUGUGGUACUCCUUCCAGGAUGAGGAGGAUAUGUUCAUGGUGGUCGACCUGCUGCUUGGAGGGGACCUGCGCUACCAUCUUCAACAAAAUGUGCGGUUCCAAGAGGGAACUGUGAGACUCUUCAUCUGUGAGCUGGUGCUGGCCCUUGACUACUUGCAGAGCAGGCACAUCAUCCACAGAGAUAUCAAGCCCGACAACAUUUUACUGGAUGAGCAGGGACACGUGCACAUCACUGAUUUCAAUAUUGCCACGAUGCUGACCAAGGACAGCCCUGUCACCACCAUCGCUGGCACAAAGCCCUACAUGGCACCUGAAAUGUUUAGCUCCACAAAACCCACCAGCUACUCCUUCGCCGUGGACUGGUGGUCGCUGGGAGUCACUGCCUACGAGCUGCUCCGAAGCCGGAGGCCGUACCACAUUCGGGCCAGCAGCUCCUCGAGUGAAAUGGCGCGCGUGUUGAAGACGGCGGCAGUGAUGUACCCGGCCGCCUGGUCCCCGGGCGUGGUGCAGCUGAUCAGGAAGUUGCUCGAGCUGAACCCUGAGAAACGUUUUUCUCAGCUGAAGGACAUCCAGUCCUUCCCGUAUCUGUCUGAUGUGAACUGGGAUGCUGUUCUCCAGAAAAGAAUAAUACCAGAAUUCAUUCCCAUGAAAGGCAGACUGAACUGUGACCCGGCCUUUGAACUGGAAGAAAUGAUCCUUGAAUCCAAACCACUUCACAAAAAAAAAAAGCGCUUGGCUAAGAAGGAGAAAGACACAAGCAAAAGCAAUUCAUCCCAGGCCAGCCACUUCCAGAAGCACCUGGAAAUGCUCCAGAGGGACUUCAUUGUUUUCAACAGAGAAAAGGUAAGACCCCACCAUGACAACGACCAAGAGACCAUGACAAAAACUGGAGGCCCACACAGGGAAGACAAUCAGAACAACAACCUCUGAGAACAGCUCAGACCCUGCAGGGGACUUCCUCAUGGGACUGGGGCUCACCCACUCACGCACCUUCACAGUGUCAGGCCAUGGACUUGUCUUCUGCUGCUGGGACCCUGCCAGUAGCCCAGGGCACAGAGGAGAGCCGGGGCAUCCGCUCCCUCAGCUUUCCACCCCACAGCGUGGAGGGAAAGGCUGUGGGGGCUGCCUUGCAAUUCACCACACUUGGUUAGAUUCAGAGCCGCGUUGUGCUGAGGGUGCCCACCAGGGCCACGGCCCUGCCGCGCCUCAGGGCUCUGCACAAGUUGGCAUUCCCGCACGGAUGGGCUCAUGGCUGGCUGCCCCGGGGGAAGAGGUGGCUCCCGGAUGCAGAGCUUUCACCAACACGCUGUGACAAAAGCGGCCUUUGCUUACGGCUCCUUGGCGGGAGCUCCUGCAAACAUUCUGAGGGUGGGCACAGGAGGCCAGGGACGAGCUCCUUCCUUGGCUGGAAGGAGGCAGCAAAAGUUUCCUGCCCAUUUAGCACUCUCUCCAUGGGCUGGCAUGGUGGGUGGUCAGUGUGCAGACAGAUGUGGACACCAAGCAUAACAACCAGGUGCUGGUGAGUCCAGAUGCUUUACUAGUCAAGCCUGAAAAAUACAUUCACCACCAUAUUAAACUGCUGCAGCUCACUGAA